UCAAAUCAAUAGUUCUGUAACGUGUUAGUUAUUAAUUUAUAUUCUCUUUCAAAUAUCAAGAAUGUCUAAAGAAAACAUGAGGAGAAACAUUGUGGAGAAGAAGAACAACGGCAGUCCGAAUUCGACGAGAGAUAAAGAAAAGCUUUCAUCAACUCAAAAUUUGUUAUCAAAACACUUGAAGAAAGUUUAUCCUGUUGGGAUACACAAAACAAGCUCACUUCUCUCCCUUUCUUCGCUUUCUUUAACUCUUUCGCAUAACUCGAGUGGCUCGUUUACAGAUUCUUCUUCUACACUCGAGCAGACCAUCUCGUCUGCACUUCAACUGAUCGCACCAUCACCAACUCGAUCACCAUCAUCAUCACCAACACCUGCUCGAAGAGAUUCACCUGCUGCUAAAACUAGUACUCAUGGGUUAGUUCCACAACCGAGUUUGGAUCCUAGCAUCGGUGAGGAUGGCUUGAGAAGAUGCAAUUGGAUUACUAAAAAUAGCGAUAAACUUUAUGUACAGUUUCACGACGAAUGCUGGGGAGUUCCCGUGUAUGAUGACAAUCAACUGUUUGAGCUGCUGUCAUUGUGUGGAAUGUUGAUGGAUUACAAUUGGACUGAAAUCUUGAAAAGGAAGAAUCUUUUCAGGGAAGCUUUCGCUGGAUUUGAACCGAACAUUGUUGCCAAAAUGGGCGAGGACGAGAUCAUGGAAAUAGCCUCUAACAAGGACAUAAUGUUAGCCGAAAGUCGAGUCAGAUCCAUCGUCGAAAACGCCAGAUGCAUCCUUAAGAUUGCUAAAGCACAUGGAUCAUUCAGUGGAUACAUGUGGGGAUCAGUAAACUAUAAGCCCACCAUUAACAGAUGCAGACAUUCAAGAAAUGUCCCUCUUAGAACACCAAAAGCAGAAGCUAUUAGCAAAGAUUUAUUGAAGCAUGGGUUCCGAUUGGUCGGGCCAGUGAUCGUUUAUUCGUUCAUGCAGGCUGCUGGAAUGAGCAUUGACCAUCUUGUUGACUGUUUUAGGUUUAGUGAAUGUGUGAAUCUUGCUGAAAGACCAUGGAGACAUGUCUAACUUCAAGUAUUUAUUGGAUAUACAUAUAUAGAGAGAGAGAGAGAGCUGUUUAUUUUAACAUUAUUGAUUUUAUUUCACAGGGGAUGCAUUUCAGUUUGAUUUAUAUUGGUGUGUAUGUAAUGGGCUUGAUCUUGUUCAGAAGUUUAAUUAUAAGUGAGGAUAUUUUUGUAAUAAAACAAUUAUGUAAAUAAUAAGACUUUUAAUCUUAAUGAGAAUUUCUAUUGGAA